CUUCCAGGUGGCUCUCGCGGGCGGGCGCUACGUGAUGGGCGCGAGCAAGGGCGUGCACAGCCAGUGGAACUGCGUCCGCGGCGACGGGCGGAACCUCACGCAGGAGUGGCUGAGGGCCAAGCGCGCCCACGGACACACCGCCCGCUACGUCACCAACACCCAGGACCUCCUCAACACGGACUACGCCUCCACGGACUACCUCUUGGGCCUCUUCGCUGACAGCCACUUAGACUUCGAAGCAGACCGCGAUCGUGGACCUCUUGGCCAACCCAGUCUGGCCAACAUGACUCGUGCCGCCAUUAAGAUGCUGUCCAAGAACAUGCACAAAGGUUUUUUCCUCCUGGUAAGGUCACGAUGGUAGUUCUGUAUCUGACUUUAUUUGCGGAAGAGAAAUUAAUUAUGUGUGUGAUAUUGUUGUUCAAUUUUUUUUUCUUCUUAGGUGAAUUAUUUUUGACGCGUCUAAUGUUACUAUACUAUUGACAGAGAGUAUCUUUAUCUUUUCUUUUCUUUUUGUCAUAAUUAGAAACUUUUCUAACUACAUUUAUCUCCAUCAAAACAUUACAGUCUACCACAUACCCCCUAU